AUGAAUAACCUGCGGAGGGGAGUCACUUCGCGGUGUAGAGGAAUGCUCAGCGGAGCAAUCCAAGUAAACCGCCAAUUGGACAUGAGAAGGAAUAACCAUCUCGGGGGGAGCAGUCACCUGGGGAGGAACCUAUGUACCCUGUCACAUCAGCAGAACAUAAGAUGUUUGGCGAGGAUACAACGAAGGGGAUUCUUUUUCAAGAGCGAAAAAAAUGACAUCAUAAAAAACGAGAUUGAAGAAAUCCUAAAAACGGAUAAGGACCCCCUGAUGGGGACGGGAUGGACAAAAGACGUGAAAGAAAGAGACGACUAUUCACGUGGGAGCGAAAAGGAGGAACCACUAAGGGAGAGCAACCAAAAGAAGUAUAAGAAUAAAAGAGGGAACUUCAAAAGGCUGUUUAUUUUUAUAGCCUUCCAGAGCAUCCCCAUCGUUGGCCUUAUGUAUCUUUUUAAAUACAUAGAGAGCGUCAAAUUGGCAGAGCUGAAUUUCACAUUCGAGUCAUCCGAUGAUAUCAUCAAAGAGGCCCUCAAACUCAUAAGGGGGAAUUCGAAAUGUUUCUGUAUGUAUUCGGAGGGUGACGAAAUUAAGACCUUCUUCGUGGACCCCUUGGGACCCGAGGAGUCCGAAGUGAACUACGAGCCGGGCGCGGUGGACACGAAAGACGCGGCAUAUGCGGUAGACGGGGUGGAUGAUUCCAUCUCGGCAGAGGCGCGCAAAGCAGAAUUAGCCUCUCAGAGGAGUAACCACGAAAGGGUCAACGGUAGAAGGGAGGGCGGGACUGCUCCAAAUGGGGAGCGGCCAAUUCAAGAUCGGUCAAGUAGGGACCCCCCAGUAGCACCGCCCCACCACUCCCCUUCCAACAAAACAGAUGACCUAACUAAAAUCGUCUUAUCAUUAAACAAACCACUAAUGCAGAGAGUAAUGAACGUGAAAUCUCCCACGGAGUUCCCCCUCAACUACGUGUAUUUCUGCAUCUCCAAAAAUACGGAGAUCUAUAAUUUUCUAAAACAUAGGAACGAGAUGGUAAGUCUGCUUUACUCGGAUGAUGCGAAAAACGUGUAUGUCACUCUGACGGGGUCCGCCUCCAUUAUUGAGAAUGAAGUCAUACGGGAGGUAAUUUGGACGAACCGAUGGUCCUACCUCAUUUCGGAUAACCCCCAAGACAAUUAUGUGCUAAUUAAAUUCACGCCUUCUACUGUGUCUCUUAAAACGAUUGGCUUUAAGAAUCAGCACUGGAAGAGUAACAUCGUCCGACGCUCCAUGACGGAUGACAAGAUGGCUUGGGUGAAGGGGUAG